UCUUAUUUUGACACUGAGCCGCUGUGGUGUGGCUGGUUCACACAGCGCAGCGGGUUUGUCCUCUAGUUCGCCUCCUAGCUAAGCUAAGCUCCGCAGGCCCGAACUCCAGUGUCUCACUGUUUGGAUCGGAUUCGGGUCGGAUUUGGAUCUGUAUCGGGUCGGAAUCAGGUCGGAACCAUGGCUGGAACAUUAGCUCGUAAGGCUGUGGAUCAUCUGCGCAGCAAGGAGUUCAGGGAAUAUCUGAUGAGGUGACAUUUCUGGGGUCCGGUAGCAAACUGGGGGCUGCCCAUUGCUGCAAUCUCUGACAUGAAGAAAAGUCCAGAGAUCAUCAGUGGAAGAAUGACCUUUGCUCUCGUCUGCUACUCAAUGCUGUUCAUGAGAUUCGCCUACAAAGUUCAGCCGAGGAACUGGCUCCUGUUCGCCUGUCACCUGACCAACGAAACGGCACAACUCAUCCAGGGAGGGAGACUCAUCAAAUACAAUAUGGAGAAGAAAUCAGCUAAAUGAUGAGCAGCUGUCUGGUUUGGAGGGAUGCUUUAGUUACGGUCACUGUUCAGAUCACAGUUCUCGGGGGACGCCGUUCUGACUGAACCUUAAAUAUUCACACACUUGAGUUUUUAUUGAUAACCAAUCAGAAUCAAAAUAUCAGUUAAAUUUAGCUCUUGUACUAAAUGAGUUCUACUCUGAUUGAUUUCCGUUAUUCUGCUCAGGCUUUCUGAAGGGAUUGUGGGAAAACGCGGAAUGUACAGAAAAUUAAAUGUUCGUUUUUAGAUCAACUCGACGCACAAUUAUCUUUUUUUUGUUUUAAGGUACACAUCAAGGGAUUGGUGUAUGUAAUUGUCAUUUCAACUAAUUUAUGCAUAACUAUACUUGGCUGUGUAGUGUAUAUCAGAUUAACGUCCGAACAAAUGGUUAAUAAAUGCUGUCCAUUCUGA